UCCUCCUCCUCCUCCGACGACCAACCCACACCACCAACCUCAUUUCUUAUCUUUGCUUGCUUUUGUUAUCGUUUGUUUUUUUGGGGGGCGUCUGUAAUGGAGGACUUUCUGGGGUUGACAUGGCAGGAAAAUGCACGAGCUGGUAAGAAGAAGAAGAAAGAGAGUGCAUCAUGCAUCGAUUCAGGGAAGCAAGCAAGACGGUGGAAACAGGUCACAAACCGGACUCCCCAACAAAUGACUCUCGAAGCAGCUCAACGACAGCUUGUGGGUCAUGAUCAUCCCCUCUUUUUGCCCACGUCCAACCACUACGCCUUUGAUUUCAACCGCAAACCCCCUCCUUUCCUCAAGGGAAAUCACGAUGCGGCAUUGAAGUUCCCUUUCCCCAGACAAGUCCAUGAUGGUCCAGCUCUUGGUGGGAUGUCGUCUAUCAACCCGCCCUUCAUCUCUCAGGCACUUUCCAAUGAUUUAUUAGACAGAGGCUCCCUUGGUCAGACACCUGAAAUCAGGAGCGAAGCAAUGUUGUCACAAAGACCCCCGCAGCUCACCAUCUUUUACGGAGAUGGUGUUCAUGUGUACAGCGGUAUCACUCCCGAGAAGGCUGAGCUCAUAAUGUCUAUGGCAAAAGACCGGCUGACCGCAUGGUCCGCGAGCCGAACGCGACAACAUCUUGAAGUCACUGCCGACAUUCAUCGUCCCCGUGCGACGUACCCACAAGGCACAACACUUGUGAUGCAGCUGUACCGCAAGCUCGCCGAGCAACCUUGGUGCGAUUCUUGGAGAAGCGCAAAGACAGAUUGAGCAGUGGCAUUUACGAUCUCUUAAAGAAAUCAUCCGAGAGCAACUGCACAAAUUAACCUUCUCGGGUUUGUUUACUCAUCUUCUUUCAAUUAAUUACCCAUAAAUCUCUGGCUAUUACCUGGCAUGUUAUGAGACCGGUAAUCCCUUCACAAGCUCGACAUCGUCAAGUAUACGUAGCUUUUGAUAUUUCGAUGGGAGUACUUGUUACAUCUACCAAUGUCUUUCAUGGUUGUGCUCAAAGGAAAAUGUGGCUUUAUAGAGAAACAGCCGCACAUGCUGCUAAUUGAUGUUCAAUUAGAUUAAUUUACACUU